GACAAAACCGUCUUGCCGUCGCCUUCGCCAGCCUCCACUCGCUCUCGCCUGCCAAUUUUCGCCGAGGUUACUCUGCUCUGACCGUCGCCGAUCAACGGUGCAUCCUCGGAGGCGAAGCAGCAAGAAGCCACCCCGCAGCACGGGAUAAGGCGCCAAACAGCCAGCGAGAGUCUUACUUAGCGCUGCCAAGGAGAACCGCGGCGCGGAGACAUGGCCGUGUGAAAGAAAAACAUUAAGUCAAUAUUGCUGUUUUUCGCGAUUAUGGAAUGCUACGCCAUUCUGCAAUAGAUCUACGCGCUUCCGACGGCGACUUGCAGUUAAACUCAGACUCGUUCAUCGACGACGGCAUAAUGGACUCAGGCUCGGGUUCAUCGUCCAACGCCGCUGCACAGCAGCAACAGCAGCAGCAACAGGCGUCCUAUCCGGGUGGCGAUCGGCAGCAGUUCUGUGUGUCGUGGAAUUCGCAUCAGUCGAACAUGCACAGCGCCUUCCCAAAGCUCCUCAGCAGCGAGCAAUUCGUCGACGUAACGUUGGCUUGCGAUGGCGGUUCCAUCAAGUGUCAUAAGGUCGUUUUGUCGGCCUGCAGUGACUAUCUCGAGCGUCUUCUCCUCGAGUUGCCCUGCCAGCAUCCCAUCAUUUUCCUCAGGGACAUGCGGAUGUGGGAGCUGCAGGCUCUCGUCGAAUUCAUGUAUCGGGGUGAAGUCUAUGUAGAGCAACAGCAACUAGCCAAACUAAUGCAAGCUGCCGAGGCUCUACAGGUCCGUGGUCUGUCAACCCAAGGUCGAGAUAGCAAUGGUGCCGAGAGUUCGACGUCAAUGAAUGCAAACUCAACCCCCAUGAAGCCUUCGCCAACCAAACCAACUACCACUUCCUCGGCAGCGUCUUCCGUAGGCAAUCCUGACUUUGUCCAGUGCGACGACAACCAAUCGAACGACGAUGGCUCGGAGAACGAUUUCCUCGGCAGCAGCGGCCUCUCGACAAGCUUACCGCCAAAUCUCACAGCCACACCGGUCGGUCCUCAGGAGAAUAAUCCGCUGAGCGCGACCAACUUCAUGAACAUGGAGCACAGCGAGGCACUGCAUCAUUUGGAAAAGGCGUUGAGCGCUUGCGAAGCCACCCUGACCGAGACGACUGGUAUGGUCAAGAUGGAGCCCGAUGAGCACCAAAUGAUGCAGCAUCAUGAGAAACCGUACUCUAUUAGCGCCGUGCCGGCCGGCAACUGCGGUCCUGGUAGUCCCUUUCCCGCUAUCGAAGGUUACCAGAGACGGCAGCGAAGAUCAGAAGCUGAGCUGAAGCAAGCCUCAGAUCUGGUAGCGCGCGGCAUGACCUUCCAAGUGGCCUCGGAAAAGUACAACAUCCCUAUCAGCACGAUCCGCUUUUACAUGGCACGUAAGGGCAUUUUACAGAGGCGAAAACGUGGCCGAGGCUCUAGCCAAGUCGGCGGAGCGAAUAGCCAGCCGUCAUCACCAGCGUCGCCGCCCUUCCAUAUGAUGAACUUUCGCCUACCCGAGAGUCUCAACUCAAGCCUGCAGUAGUGGUUGUAAGUUGUAGACCACCGCGUAAUCAUCUCUGAUGUCGCACUUUAUAGAGCUGUUUCGAAGACGACCGCGCGCUUCCUCCUCAUUCUCCUCCCGAAAGCGAGAGCGAGUUUUUUCAACGGCAACAAACAAUUCAAGCAUACCUUCCGAAUUUUCUUCUUCCACAUGCGCGCCAUGCGACACGCGCUGCUCUCGAUGAUUCGAUAAUUAUGUGCGUUUGUAUGACUUUUGUAUUUCUACCAAUUUUUUUUCUCUGCCUACUGCUAUUAGUACUCCCCAAUGUGUUUACGUGCGAUCCCUUUUUUUUUAUUACUGCUACUUACACAUCGCGCUCUGGCUGAUUAUAGCUCUUUGUACCCUCUAUUAUACGCAACUUUUUUUAAGUGUACUUUUUAAGCGUAUUUGACAUCUCCUAUUAUUAUUUGUAUUAUUUACGUAAGCGCGCGUGACUCUCCCGUGAGAGAGAGAGGCACUCGAGAACAUGACUUUUUACGUAUAAACAAAAACACAAAUUACUAGCAAAAAAUGUAGUUUUACCUCGAGUCUAGAACAGCUCUACGCCCAUGUAUAUAUGAACGAUUAUAUGUAUGAAACAAAACAAAAAAGUAAGAUGAUGAUGCAAAUUGUACAAGAGAGAGAGAUGAAUACCGCGUUUUAGGUUGGCAGUCGCGCAGCACGAGGCAAUCAAUGCUUACUCUCUAUCAACUAUAGGGCCACUCGAAAUGCGAAUUUGAGUGCUCGAUCGCGAUUUCGAGGUCAAUGCUUUAUGUAUUUUCCUCCUUGUUUUUUUAUAUACUACUUCGUUAUUUUAUAUCCUUAUCAGUAAUUGUCAUGAACUCGUAUAUACUCGCGACCAUGUACGUAUUAUUGUCCGCUCUCACGCAUAUACGCAUCCUAAGACUUAUAUUUUAUUUAUUGCUCAUACUUGCGCCAAUCAUCCAUCACCUUUAGACAAUGUAACUCUGCCAUUACACACACACACACACACACAUACACACACGCGCGCGCGCACACACACGAACACGAACACAUAAAGAUCUCGCGAUAUAAAUGCUAAUUUUUGUUCGCAUAUGGUUGAAAUCGAACGAAAAAAAUCUCAAUUAAGAGGCAUUACGGUUCCCUCGUGCUGGCGAACUUUUGCAAAAGCGGCUAUACGAAAGAAACAAAAGAUGAAGAAAAAAAGAAAACCUAUGACGUUAGGCUCCGUAUAUAUUUUUUUUCUUCUGUUGUGCUCUUUAGCCUAGUGACAGAUGUUUACGGAUAAGAGAAGAAGAAAAAAUAAGUGUACUAACUAAUGAUUAAACAGUUUAAACACGAAUGCAGUUAUUGUGUAGGUGUUGCGAGUCCGGCAACUUUCAGUUUUUUUCGUGACGCGCGUGCUCAUUUUUUAUUAUUAUAAUAUUAUUAUUAUUAUUAUUAUUAUUAUUAUUAUUAUUAUUAAUUACGUGCGCCUAUCUAUUAUUAUAUUAUUAUUAAUUAAUUAAUCAACUAUUAUUAUAAUCAUUUUGUAAGAUAUAUAUUAUGAUUGUGUGUCCACUGGUACAAUGCGCGUGGGCCGAUUUCACAAAACGUUCUUCAAGUUCCUGCUCGACUCGAGGCUCUCACACUUUGUCACGAUGGACAGUCUCUGUGUAUUUAAUCAUAAUUUUUCUUUCUUUUUUUUUUUAAUCGAUUUAUUUUUCGUUUUUCAGUAACGAAUGUACAACAACAGAGAGAAAUUUUUGGCUAUGCAUUUUUUUUUCUGAGUAAAUCUACGUACGACAUUUUUGUAAUGACUGUAGAGUAACGACGAUACCUCCUCACUUUAUGUUUGUAGGUCGCGUCUUCUAGCCUCGUAUUGUCCUCUCUAGCAUAGAUAUUUUUGUAGCGAAACGUUUACACAGUUCGAAGGCGCCAAAAACCGUUGUAAUAUGUCGCGUGGAUUAUCAAAAAAAAAGUAGCAAAGCCGAGUAUUUCUCGUCGACCUUUUUUUAUGAUGCGAAUAUUUGUAUUUCCGGAGAAACUACACCCUUGUUCGUUUCUUUACUUGUCUUUUUUCGAGAUUUUAUUCUGAGGUAAUCAAUAAUAAAGCAAAGCAACAAACAAUGAUUAGCGCAUUUAGGGCUUAAAUGUGAAUAUCCACGUGCGUACUAAUAUAUUUUAAGCAGAUAGUCUGUUUAUGGCGUAUCUUUUUUUUGUAUGGAAUUACCAAAACAAAAGUGAAUGAAAGAUAAAGAAAGUGAAAAAAAUGCAAA